AUGGCGGCCACGACUGAGACAGCGGCUCCCGAGGCCGUGGCCGCGACACCGAAAUUCUCGAGAUAUAGGAGCGUGCGGCGCGGGCAGCAAGAGCAGACGCAGCACCACUCGCAGACACAGCGAAAGGAAACACAAGACAACCCACAUUCGAUCCCGAUUCCGCCGGUUCCUGCGAUUCCUCAAAUGCCGUCUUCCGAGUUUCAGCGAGAUGCACCCGUCAGUCGGAGUAUGUCGAGGUAUCAUCGACGACCGACGGUUUCGCAUGGGAGCGCUCAGAAGCCCCAGAUGGCUCCUCUGGCCGCAGCUGCUCCCGUAUCUGCCGCACCUUCGAAUGCUCGCAGCCGGGCUCAGGGCAGUGCUCAGUACACCGCGUCGAACUCCCGCGUCAACGAACCUGCACCUUUGCCAAACACGUCCAGGCCACGGCGUGAGGAGUCGCCAUUGGUAUCAGCGCCUGUAGGCCGUGAGCCCUCGCAGGCAGCUCGGGAUGAGGCCAAGCAAUUGAUGGAGCAGGAGGCGGAACGACAGCGGCGCAUGCAGGAGAAGCUGAAGGCACAAAAGCGGGCAAUGCUUGAGAUUCAGGAGCGGGAGGCUGAAGCAGCGCAGAGAGAGCAUCGCAUGAAAGAUGAGCAGGAACUUCAGAGGCAGGUACAGCAGGCUGAGAGCGCGGCUCGUUUUAAAAAGGAAGAAGAGGAAGAGGUGCAUAGGGCUCGUCUCAGGAAAAAGGCACCAGAGGCGCAACAAACAAGAUCGCCACCUACGUCUCCACAGAGGCAUGGCCUCCAUCUCUUUGGCCGGAGAAGGAAGGAGGAUACGCCGUCCUCUCCUGAGACCCAAACUCAAAUUGAACAGCAGCGACUGAGGAGCGACAGCUCCGACCGAGAAUUCAACACGAUCAGGCCUGGAGGAGGCGGUGCCGUUCCCGGUAUUGACGCCCCCGUCUCAGCCAUAAACGCCGAAGACGAUCGUCGUGUGCUUGUCGUCCGCAACAAACAGGAAAUCUUGCUUCCGGUCACGGUAGAUACAACUGCUCUCGAUCUCAUAAAAUCAGCCGCCAAUUGCCUGACCGAGCCUAUCAAUGUCCGAACUGCCACGCUCCUGGAGAAUUAUCAGAAAGUCGGCGUGACACGACCGCUGCGCAAUUACGAAAGCGUGCGAGACGUGCUGAACUCGUGGGAUGACAACCGGUCCAAUUUUUUCAAGAUUGUCGACGCGCCUUUCGAGGGUAUCGAUCAGGAUGAGCUGCUUGUCCUAGGAGUGCCAGCCAAGAAGGCUUCGUUGAGAUGCUGGAUGUACUACUCGUCGAAACCUGGAAAAUGGUCGAAACGAUUCGUUACUCUGAGUGAAGAGGGGCAGCUGUCCAUGGCCAAGAAUAUGGAUGGGAAAGACAGUCAGAAUAUUUGCCAUCUUACAGACUUUGACAUCUACUCGCCUACGGAGCGCAAGCUAUCGAAGGUCAAGCCACCGAAGAAGAUUUGCUACGCCGUCAAGAGCCAGCAAAGAUCCAAUAUCUACAUGGACGAAACACGCUUUGUUCAUUUCUUCUGUUCGAACGACAGGGACGUGGCGUCUGAGUUUUACAAGAAGAUCCAGGGCUGGAGGAGCUGGUAUCUAGUCCACGUGCUGGGCGAGGGACGCAAGGAGCGCAAACCAGUUGCGGAAGAGUCCAAACCUACUAGCCGCAACGUUUCUGGAGACUCUCAGCGCGCGCUGGGCCCAACACAUGCGCGCAAUCCAUCCGUCAGUUCACACUACCAACUAGGGUCCUUCCUCCCACUUCUCGACCUGGAUCAAUUCAGCACAGAUCGCAAGGACGGCGACGGAUAUCAACCCGCUCCAGUACCGGAAGCGCCAGCGGCCCCGCAUGCAAGGCUAGACUCGAAGACGAUGCACGCUAGAAAGAUGUCAAUGCGAACCAAGGGCCCGCCGCCGCUAUCCUAUCACCUUGGUACAUUUGGGCAGGAUAGCGCAGCGCCCCACCAUCCACCAAAGGAGGAGCAUACUUCGAGAAGCAAUACUUUUUCCGAGACGGAAUCUGACACGUUUGCACCCGAAGGAUUGCUUGGGCGAAAAUACUCUGAACGACGGCGCGCGUUGCAAGAAAGCGAGGCGAAGAAAGCAGCAGACCCUUUUACCGAGGGCCCGUCUCUGAUAAAUAACAGUCAGACAUGGACUUCGCCAUCGGCGGGCAAUGAGAAUGGGCUGGCACGACAGUCGUCGGUCCGAAGCCACCACCGGCGCACGUCGAGCGACAUGCAGCGGAGCAUGUCUACGCGAAACAGGCCAAAACCUCUAGUAGACCUGGCACCACAGUACAAGGAGCCACCGCAGCAUGCUCGCAAGGGCAAAGGCUUCCACCCAGAGGGAAAUGCCGGGCCUCUAGUCGAGAACGCAACGUCGCCAGAAGAAGCCAUCAAACUCCCGCCGUCGACGACAUUUCGAGCGCCUGCCCCUGCACGGCCUGCGUACGAGCGCACGAAGUCACUAAAGGGACGCGGGGAGGGAUUAGCAGCUUAUACAGUCAACAAGCACAGCGGGGCCCCUGAAGACGACAGCAUUGCGUUUACCGGCGGACUUCUUGCUCGGACGGGCUUCAGCCAGGGACGCACGGCAGUAGGGCAUGGAGUAAUGGAUGGAUCGAAGGCACAAGGGCCGAUGCUGGAUCUGCGGGAGCCGUCCAAGUUUGUGUCUGGCAGCUUGCUCGCCAGCGUGGAACGGCAGCACGGAGGACCAGGGCCGGCUAAUAAACGGCACAGUGUGGAUCUCGGAUGA